UUGUUUCUUAGUCUUUGGUGUUUCUCCUUCCGCUAGAGGUUUUCUCUGUGUCUUGGUUUCUGCACGCUUUGAAUCCAUGAAAUGGGUUUGCAGGAUCUUGUCAAGUUUGCAUUGAUAUGCUUUGAUUCUCUUGCUUGGCCUGUCUUUGCUUUGGGUUAUCCUCUACGUGCUUCCAUUCAAGCAAUCGAGACUAAUUCCAACACCGACGCCAAGAAACUUGUUACCUACUGGAUUAUCUUCUCGUUGAUUUCUCUGUUUGAACAUGCUUUCAUGGGGGUCCUUCAAUGGCUACCCUUCUGGCCCUACAUCAAGCUAAUGAUUGUCUGCUGGAUGAUGAUACCCCAUUUUGACGGCGCUUUCUACGUCUACAACCACUUUAUUCAUCCAUGCCUCUAUAUGGAUUUGCCGACUAUAAUUAACCGGUUCAAGAGGCUGCAACAGCUGCUUUUGAACAAUAUCCUUGCUGAUGAAUAUGCCAAGGCACACAGACCACCUGAAGCUCUAGAUAAACUCAUUGCUAACGAGCCAAAGGGAAGUGAGGCUAGCAUAUUGCAGAAAGACAUAAAACCUGUACGAUUAUCAGAGAAAACAGAAGUUGCUCCGGUGAACCAGAUUCCGCCACCUGAACCCGAUGCUGUUCAGGCAGUGAAUAAUAAGAUUGCACUUCCAGAAAUCAACAGAGAAGCGGGUUUCAAUCUUACAGAGAUACCUUUGGAGAAGCAAGUUCAGAAGGAAUGGACCUGUGCUAUGUGUCAGGUGAAAGUCAGUAGUGAGAUAACCUUCAAUAGCCAUCUCCAAGGAAGGAAACACAUGAAUGCAUGUGAGAACUUAAUAAAGGCAAAGAACCAGCCUUGCAAUGGCAAAGCUGGUUCUGAUUCGGUGCUUAAAGAACCUUGGAAAGAUGGCUCGAGCAGUAAUGCAUCCACAUGCUACAAGGCAGUGAAUACUAAAACCGAAACAGGCCAACGUAACCUGCCGAAAGAGGAAUUGAAGAAGUCGGGAAAUCGAGUAAAAUCAAGUGAUAAUGUACAAGGGCAGCAAUGUGUUAGAAAGGAACAUGGUAAGACUAAAAUCUCUCGGUUUCGGUGCACCAUAUGUAAUGUAACCUGCAGUGGAUCAGAGGACUUAAACUGUCAUCUCUGGGGAAGGAAGCACUUAGAGCAGAUUAAGAAACUGAAUAAUCUUUGAAAAGGCAAGCUUACUUGAGUCGAGCAGCUGAACUUGAAAUCUCCACAGAUGUGAAGCUUAAGAAACAUGAUGUCUCUCUGAAAGAAAUCUCAUAAGAUUUGGUGUCCUUGAAACAUUGCUUUUUACUAUAGCAUCAAAGAGUUAGCUUGAUAAUAUGGUGGAUUGUAUAGUUUCUGGAUUUUCUUAUUAUCCAACUGACCUACUCCUUCCAUCAAUCAACUGGACAUUGUUACUACAA